AUGCAGGCACCACCGAGCUCCACGGUACAUAUACCGGAAACGUACACGACCCCGGCCGACAGCCAUCUGCGGGUGACCAACCACCCCGAAUCUGCGCCCGGCGUGACGCCCAUCGUCAUCGUGAGCCUGAACCGGCCGGAGAAGCUCAACUCGUUCACGGGCGAGAUGAUCGUGGGGCUGGAGUCCUUUUUCCGCGUCAUUGAUCGGGACAGUCGCGUCAAGGUGGUGAUCCUGACGGGCGUGGGCAGGGCCUUCAGCGCCGGUAUCGACUUAAAUCUCGACGCCAGCCCGCCUCAGGAUAUUCCCGUCACGGACAUCCGGGACACGGGCGGACGGCUCGCCCUGGCCAUGUACAAUUGCAGCAAGACCGUGAUCGUGGCGUACAAUGGGCUUGCGGUAGGCAUUGGGAUGACAUCCACCCUUGCAGCAGGCAUUAGGAUCGCAAGUCCCAAAUCACGCUUCGGCUUCCCCUUCUCCCGCAUCGGCCUCACCAUGGAAUCAGCGAGUUCCUUCUUCCUGCCGCGCAUGGUGGGCUACAGCCGGGCGACGUACCUCCUGACCACGGGGGCGACGUACCCGGCUGACUCCAAGGCGCUGGACGGCGUCUUCUCUGAGCUGGUGCCCGAACCCCAGGACGUGCUCCCGCGCGCCGUGCAGCUGGCCGAAGAACUCGUCACCCGCGUCAGCACCACCGCCAUUCACCUCAACCGCCAGCUCAUCUGGCGUAAUCCUGGCUCGGCCGAGGCCGCGCACCUGGUCGACAGUCCGCUGCUGGCGCACCAGUUCGCUUCCAGAGACCACGCCGAAGCCAAACGCGCCUUCUUCGCAGGAGACAAACCCAACUUCCAGGACCAGCUGGACAAGAACCCGCCCGUCACAUAUCCCUGGUGGACGGAGCUGGCCGUGGAUCCGAAGCCCGCCGUGACGCACGCGGCGGCCAAAUCCAAACUGUGA